UUAAGCUAGUGACUAUUCAUAUAAAUAGAUCACUGAGCUUUUAAAUUUGCUCUUCACAAAUAAUUAUUUAACCUGUAGUCGAACAUUUUAUUACUUACAUAGGCAGUUUUAUUAUAUAGAACUCGUGUUUUAGUGUCAAACUUCCACUCAGUCAGUCCACGUUACCUACUUUUCUCUUUGAAAAGCCUGCGUUUAUUACAGUUUACACAAGGUACUUCCGUCAACCGGGCCUAUCUAAACACGCAGUCGUCCUUAACGUUUGAAAUUUAAUUGGCGAAAACGCCAUCUAUUAUUACUAGCGCAGCACUAAACAUGAAACUGCUAUGAAUGGACCAGCACGCAUGCGUACUACACAUCGAUCCGGGAUACCAACACUGUAAAUAUUCUACAUCGCGACAAAUAAUUCGUGGGCCGUGUUAUAUUUCUCGAUUCUAGUUCAUAAAAAUCCAAAUUAAUUUCACAAAAAAAGUUGUCAAAUAAAAUAAGAUAUUACAGGAGCUCAUAAAUAAACAGGAAUCCCUUUACGAUGAAAGGUAUAAAACAGAGAAAUUCUUACUUUCAAAGAGAUAUUACAAAGAAAAUUUUAUUAUUAAACGUCGAUGAGCCCUCGUUUCUGCUAUGCCGAAUAUUUCAUUUCUCCAAUAAAAUUUUAUUCGGAGUCGGCGCACUGACGCCGCCAUGUUUACCCCAUUUUCCCGCCAGUAGAGGCGCCACGAUCGCUGCAGCCUCUCGGGCGGAGCUGUCAAAAUUACAUUUACGAUAAAAAAAGCUUUUGUGUCAACUUAUAUCGAUAUUCGAUCGCUAAAAACUGAACUUGAAAAUAGCUUGACAUAAAUCGAUAUAAAUUCAAGCAGUUUAGGCUGUAAUUCGAAUCUCGUUGAUAACCUAACCUUUUCGGUCCGCGUCCGUGGUGUAUGGUGACAAUAAUUUUGUGUAUUAUUGCAAGAUGUCCCGAACAGUUUUUCCUGUCCUGUUGUUUGUUUUUGGCGUUUGUUAUUGCAAUCCUGAUGCGAAGAGACUAUACGACGACCUACUGAGUAAUUACAACAGACUGAUACGGCCGGUUGAUAAAAACAAUAAUACGGUUCUGGUGAAGCUGGGCCUGAGGCUGUCGCAACUGAUCGAUUUGAAUCUCAAGGAUCAAAUUUUGACGACUAACGUAUGGCUGGAACACGAAUGGGAAGAUCACAAGUUCAAGUGGGAUCCUCUGGAGUAUGGUGGAGUGAAGGAGCUUUACGUACCAUCUGAACACAUCUGGUUGCCUGACAUCGUUCUGUACAACAAUGCUGACGGCGAGUACGUCGUGACAACAAUGACGAAGGCUGUUCUGCAUCACACUGGGAAGGUGCUCUGGACUCCCCCAGCUAUCUUCAAGUCCUCUUGCGAGAUCGAUGUGCGGUACUUCCCGUUUGAUCAGCAAACCUGUUUCUUGAAGUUCGGUUCUUGGAGCUAUGAUGGUGAUCAGAUCGACUUGAAGCACAUCAAUCAGAAGAAAGGUGACAUGGUGGAUGUGGGCAUCGACCUCCGGGAGUACUAUCCCUCCGUAGAAUGGGACAUCCUCGGCGUACCGGCGGAGAGGCACGAGCGAUACUAUCCUUGCUGUCAAGAGCCGUACCCUGAUAUCUUCUUCAACAUCACUCUAAGAAGAAAAACUCUGUUCUACACGGUGAACCUGAUCGUCCCUUGCGUUGGGAUUUCAUACCUCUCAGUCUUAGUAUUCUACCUACCAGCGGACUCCGGAGAGAAAAUUGCGUUAAGCAUCUCCAUAUUACUAUCCCAAACUAUGUUCUUCCUUCUGAUCUCCGAAAUUAUUCCUUCCACGUCACUUGCAUUACCAUUGUUGGGAAAAUAUCUUCUAUUCACUAUGUUGCUGGUAGGACUCUCAGUAGUCAUCACUAUUAUAAUACUAAACGUUCACUAUCGAAAGCCUAGUACGCACAAGAUGGCUCCUUGGGUUCGAAAAUUCUUUAUAACGAAAUUACCAAAGCUAUUACUGAUGAGGGUUCCAAAAGAUCUGUUGAGGGACUUAGCGGCGCAGAAGAUUGCUGGUAGAAGCAUGAAGAAUAAGAAUAAGUUUAAAGACGCUCUGGCGGCUGCUGAACAGACUAAUUCCAAUGCUUCGAGCCCUGAUUCGCUACGCCAUCAUCUGCCUGGAGGAUGUAACGGUCUGCAUUCGACUACAGCUACCAAUAGGUUCAGUGGCAUUGUCGGUGCUCUUGGUGGUCUUGGAGCUGGCUACAAUGGCUUGCCCUCAGUCAUGUCUGGUCUGGACGACUCUCUCAGUGACAUUGCUCCCAGAAAGAAGUAUCCAUUUGAGCUGGAAAAAGCGAUUCACAACGUUAUGUUUAUUCAGCACCACAUGCAGAGACAGGACGAAUUUAAUGCGGAAGAUCAAGACUGGGGCUUUGUGGCAAUGGUGCUCGAUCGUCUGUUUCUUUGGAUCUUCACCAUCGCUUCCAUCGUUGGCACAUUUGCCAUCCUUUGCGAGGCCCCAUCGCUGUAUGACGACACCAAGCCUAUUGACAUGAUGCUUUCUUCCGUUGCCCAGCAGCAGUUCCUACCUGUUGACAGUGGAGAUCCGUAGGUAAUACUUAUCAGGGAUUUAAAUAAAAAUCCUGACUAUGACGAUGAUUAUUGAAAUGUGGUGUCAAAGUUCGCGUAUACAUUCAUGUUGAAAAUCAACUCCAAGUGACGUGUUUUGGUGAUUAAUCGUUUUAUUGUAUUUGAUAAAUAUUGUUGCGAGAUGUUGUGUGUAGCUUUACUCCGAAUGAUGAAUGUAAUUGAUUCCUUUAUGAUAAUGCCAAAAUAGAAUAAAAGCACGAUAAAAAUGGUACACUUUGAAUUGUUGUAAAUAACGUUAUAGAUUAUGCAGUUAAUUUGAAAAUGUUUUUAGCUGAAGUAGAAAACUUUUGCUCAUUCAACAAAUAUAUCAGCCUAGUAAAAUUGUAUGCCAAAACUUAUACAUUUCUUGAAGUAUCUUUUAGUAUUAAUGAUAGGAAUUUUUUGAACGUUCAUCAUGAAGUAUUACUAGUCGUUAUAAAGCCAAAAUAGGCUGUGAAUUGUAUUGUUAUGUAAAUUAAGGUUUCAAAUAUCGUGUAAGUAUUGAUGGUUGUUCAGAGGUGUGAUGAUCAUUAAAUAGAAGUAGACAUUUAGGUAGACGCAUGAAUUUAGGGUGAAAAUGUGGAAGGACAAGAAACAAAGAAAGUAUUUGAAAAAAUACGUAACUUUGGCUGACUGGUCUGGGUAGCGCACGAAAAAGUGUGGAAUUAUGCAGUGAAGGUAUUAUUUAAAUCUUGGCUAGAAGAGUUUGAACUAAUAAACUUUAAGGGAUGACUAGAUUUAGAAUAAUCUAAAAACUAAAGUUACUAGGACAACAUGACGGGGUAGGUAUAAUGAUUGGAAUGGCAAAGUGCUGAUGCUAAGAAUUUUGAUAAGCGAAAUGAAAUGUUGCGAAUGUGUGCAUUUCACGAAACAAAAUGUGGCUGUGUUAGUAAUAAUUAUAUUUUGUAGUUGUGAGUUAUCAUCGUUCUAGGUAUAGCUGCGUAAAAUGUAUUGGGUUUUAGAUAAACUAGUGGUAAUAUUAAGAAUUUCUUGUACAGGGUGUAAUGGAAACGUGGCAUAUGAAAUACUUAUUAAUAUUUACCAAAAAAGCUAGCCUUGCCAUUACAAACUGUUACAAGAAUCAACAUUAUAAAAAGAGAAAAAUCUUUUUUUGGUAUAUUUUUUAAGAAAAUUCAGUAUUGAUAUAUGUACGUUUCGAUUACACCCUGUAUUUUUAGUAUUCUUUUCUAAUACAUUUAAUGUUCUAAAACUAUUAUUCAUUUGUUAUUUCUAUUCUACCUCAUGUAAAAAGCCAUGAUGGG